UAGUUUGUGGUGUGUGUCGAGAGUUCUAACUGUUUCCCCCAGUGACAUUUGAGUGGGGCCAGGGUAAAGUGCUACAGCUGGUCAGCAGACAAAUCGAUAACAACAACAAACAAACGUUUAUGGUAUUUUUGAAUUAACAAAUUCCGCUGACCGUUAUAUAAGUGGCAAUACGAACAACAAAACACACAUUUAUCAGUUUAAUCAACAAUAUGUACUAUAUUAUAAAUACAUUUAGCGCAUAUUGUUUAGUUGAUGUACUACAACGAUUAGUGAAGGCCCAAACGACAAUUUGAACAAAACACAAUAAAAUUAAUACAAGAUAAUACAUACUUAUGUGGAUCGAUCCAUUAUGAUAGCUUUACUGCUGUUUGGCAUCUGUGCCAUCUGGUUAACUAGAUUCCUGCUACGCUUGGUAAGACUGGAGCAACGGCUUCAACGGGACUUAAUUGGAAAAGUGCCUUCGGUUUCGCGUGUUCCGCUGAUAGGAUCCGCCUGGCAAUUGCGUAACUUUCAGCCAUACAAUCUUCAUGAGAAGUUUACGGAGUAUGUAAAACGAUUUGGGCCCACUUUUAUGGCCACGGUUUUUGGCCACUUGAUUGUGAUAACCGCAAAUCGUAGCCACGUAGAGGCAUUGCUAUUCAGUCAACAUCAUCUCAGGAAAGGUUCUAUCUAUGGAGCUUUACGCAAGUGGCUGGGCAAUGGCCUUCUCGUGAGUCGUGGCCAGAAUUGGCGGGCCAUGCGCAAGAUAAUCACUCCGACCUUGCAUUUUGCCAUCUUGGAGCAGUUUGUGGACGUGUUCGAUAGACAGGCCUUGGUGAUGGUGAACAAGCUGCGACCUCUGGCCAAUGGCAGAGAGGUGAUAAACAUAUAUCCUUACAUGGGCCUGGCCGCUCUGGACAUCAUCACAGAGACGGCGAUGGGAGUUCAUAUCAAUGCCCAAUUGGAUGAGGAAUCCGCGGUCGUGCAGGCAGUCAAGGAUGUGACCAACAUCCUGGCAACGCGAUUCAUGCGUCCACACCUGCUGCCACCUUCCCUGUUUCGUUUAUGCUGGCCUAGUGGCUAUCGGAGACAAGAAUCCGGCAUCCAGUGUCUGCAUAAGUUCACCAAUAGUAUCAUCGAACAGCGCCGACAGCUGUUGCAGGAGAAGACCGUGAAUGAGCCCAAUGAUCGGCGGAGUGUUUUGCUGGACACCCUUUUAAGGGCCACCAUGUCGGGCGAAUCCCUGACAGACGCUCAAAUUCGCGAUGAGGUCAACACAUUUAUAUUUGAGGGUCAUGACACGACCACCUCGGCUGCCUCCUUUUGCUUAUAUCUCAUCUCCCGCCAUGGGGACGUGCAACAGCUUCUCUUCGAUGAAAUCAAGUCAUACUAUGGCUCCGAUGUGCAACGUCCAAUCGUUUAUGGAGAUUUCCAAAAUUUUCCUUAUCUGAACUGUGUGGUAAAAGAAUCGUUGCGUCUGUAUCCACCUAUUCCAGCGGUAUCUCGCUGCUUGGAACAAGAUUUGCCAAUCGAUAAUGGCUGUCGCAUUCCGGCUAACACCAAUGUGAUUGUCCUGCUCUGGCAAUUGUUACGCGACGAAAAUAUCUAUCCAGAUGCACUUAGCUUCCGCCCCGAGCGUCAUUUGUAUCAGUCUGAGAAUACGUCUUCCGCCUCCUUUAUAUCCUAUAUACCAUUUAGUGCUGGACCUCGCAACUGCAUUGGCCAGCGGUUCGCCUUGUUUGAGGUCAAAACAAUUGUAAUUCGUAUGCUAAGGCAUUUUCAGCUGCUGCCGCUGGGUGAGGAUGUUAAGCCAACUAUUAAAAUUGUCCUUCGCUCGCGAUUGGGAGUCAAUUUUGCACUCAAACCAAGGACGUAUUAAUAGAUUAAAUAUUGUUUUUUCCCCCCAUUUAUUAUAAUGUACGAAAUCUGGUGCUUUCUAUAGAAGAUAGUGCAUGUUUUAUAUUUGGUUUCGGAACAAUAAAUACAUUUGUACAAAUAUA